AUGCUCAUGCUUUUUCAUUCGUUCGUGAACGCAUGUUGCGUGGUUUCCAGAAAUGCCCCUGUAUUUGAGUGCUAUAACUCCAAGUCACACGACAAAAAUGUAAGUUCGACUCAGAUUAGAUUUGCAGAUGAGGUGGGAUCUGGCAAAGUCGAAGGGAGUGGUUCUGGUCUUAUUAACGCUGUCGAAAGCCACGAUGGAGAUAAACAUUGCUUAAAGGGUUGUGGCUCAACCUGUCGGAGGGCCAGCAUGGAGAUACCAGAGCUUACCCCACAAGAACCGGGGGGAUAUUUUCCGUGUAGGAGAGCUCAUUCCAGUUGCCCGGUGGGUGGCCAGUCGAGGCCUAUAUUGGCAGUCCACCAGCUAACGAGUGAGAUGCCCCAGACAGAGAUUAUGGAAAAGACAGACUCAAAUAAACAGAGUGGUACUGAUCGAGAAUCAAAUAUAUUGCACAAUGAUUCCCGAGAGGCUAAUUUAACUCGUCUCCGACGUUAUCAUUCACUUAGAAUUCCAACCGAACCCUCAAAGGUGCAGAAUGUUGAGCUGCUUGACCCUCAUGAAAGCCUGAAUGGCAAAAGCAACAUCCCAAAAGUGCCCCAUUGGGGCUAUGUAGAUCAACUAAGCAAAAGUCAAACCAAACUGUCCCAUUUUCCGAGCAGUUCACUCUUAGGUGAUCUGGAUCGCGAUUACACAACUUCUUCCGUCGUCUAUUUGCCCAGCUCAGUCAAGACUGCUCACCAUGCCUCUAAAUUACAUAGUGAGAACUUGAGCCAUCCGGGAUCAGUCCCUCUACAAGAUACAAAAAUGAAUAACAGCAAAAAUAUUUCGGGAUCCCGAAUCACGGAAACCAAACAUUUAUGCUCUACAAUCGAUUCGGCUUUUUUCCAUCGGCCUGUAGUUGAUACUAGAUGCGACAGCCAAUACAACCUUACAGUUGCUUCAAAAAUUGAGCAACAGAGGCCGGCCUCAGGUAUAGGCAUGUCCAUGAAAAAGUACGGGGUUAAUCCUGGUACAGAGGAAACUGCUGUUACUCUUUCAGUUACAUCAAGGGAUAGGCACUGUAGAAAAUCAGAAGGCGAUAUUCUUGGGUCAAGUAAUAAUGUAGUUGGCUUUCAAGUGCAACGCCAACUGAAGGAAAGCCAACACUUCUUGCAAGCUUUUCAGAGUGAUAAGCUUAGGCCACCGGGUCUUAAUGCUCAUGCUUUGAAAGGAAGACGAAAGCAGCCGUAA